GAUGGCGUGAUAACACGUAUUAUGUAAUCACGCGACUGUCAAUAAAUUUGAAAGAAUCCAAAUUUCCUUCCCUCCCUAUCCCUUUCUUCCCCACCUUCCUCCGUAGGACUCUUUCCCCUUUCCCUUUUAUCUCUAGAUUUCCCGUCAUGUCUGCUAACGGACACGCUAUUCGUCCUGCCUUGGCUCCUGGUCACUUCUUAGUUCACCUCUGAGUCUGUUGGUGAAGGUCAUCCUGGUGCGUCGCUAAGAGAAGAAAAAUAUCGAUAAUCCUAUCAUAAACUGACUGCGCGUACAGAUAAAAUCUGUGAUCAAGUCUCUGAUGCUAUCCUCGACGCCUGCCUCGCCCAAGACCCAUGGUCCAAAGUCGGCUGCGAAACCGCCUCCAAGACAGGAAUGAUCAUGGUCUUUGGUGAAAUCUCCACCACCGCCCAGCUGGACUACCAAAAAAUCAUCCGCAACACCAUCAAGGAAAUCGGGGUUUUCGAUUACAAGACUUGCAACAUCCUCGUCGCUAUCGAGCAGCAAGCCAUGGAGGCGGGUGAUCAGGGUAUCAUGUUUGGGUAUGCGACAGAUGAGACGGAGGAGCUUAUGCCUCUUACUAUUGUCCUCGCGCACAAGCUGAACCAGGCUAAUGGCCUGCCGCUCACCCAGGUGACCAUCGAGUACAAGAAGGACGGUGGAGCCACUAUCCCCCUCCGUGUGGACACCAUCGUCGUUUCGGCGCAGCACGCCGAAGAGAUCGCACUCGCUGAUUUGCAAAAGGAUAUCCUCGAAAAGGUUAUCAAGCAAGUCAUCCCUGCGAACCUUCUUGACGAACGGACUAUCUACCACAUCAACCCCACGGGUCGGUUCGUCAUUGGUGGACCCCAGGGCGAUGCGGGUUUGACGGGUCGUAAGAUUAUCGUUGACAGCUAUGGAGGAUGGGGAGCUCAUGGAGGAGGGGCUUUCUCUGGAAAGGACUUUUCCAAGGUCGAUCGCUCGGCUGCGUAUACCGCUCGCUGGAUUGCCAAGUCGUUGGUUGCGGCUGGAAUCGCUCGUCGUGCUCUUGUCCAGCUCUCCUACGCUAUCGGUGUAGCUGAGCCUCUGUCGAUCUACGUCGACACCUACGGCACAGGAAAGAUCUCGGAAGAGGAGAUUGUUGAGCUCAUCCGUAAGAACUGGGACCUCCGGCCUGGUAUCAUGGUUCGUGAACUGAGCCUCCAGAAGCCUCAGUACCGCAAGACAGCUUGCUACGGCCACUUUGGUAACCCCGACUACAGCUGGGAGAAGCCCAAAAAGCUCGUACUCUAAGCUCCCUAUCCUCUCUUUUCGUUUUUUUAAUACCCCCAUUACGUUUACGCUAUCUCGCAUGGGAAGUUCAUCCUUCCCCUCAUUGUUUAUCAUCGCAUCGCAUUGUUAUAUUACUAUCACUGCUCUGGAUUGUAGAAAGUUUCCUUUAGGGACGCAGUUGUGCUAAAAAAAACGUAGAUAAUAGUUAGUAAACCAGAGAAUCUAUCGCGCUCAACCGCGGAGUUU